CCGUGGAAUGUUAUAGAGGAAGAGAUACUGGAUCUGUGAAAGUAUUCAUGCAAGAAGGACUGCGCUCAUCUUCUGAUCUUAGCCUGGGCUCUGCAGUCAUCCUGCCUGGUUUGUGCGUCUGAGAGCCGGACGAGGGGGCGGUGGGGUGGCGCCACGUCAUAUCAGCCGCCGCGCUCUGAUUGGCUGCCGAGUCUCACCCGACACAGCUGUGAUUGUUUUCUGCAGAGGAAGCUCUCGUCUCUGGGGCUGUUAUCGCCUGAUGAGCUGCAGAGGAGGAGGAGGAGGGUUGAGUUUGGACCAGACUCCGAAGACGUCUGGAGAUCGAGCCCCAAAGUGCCAAAUGCCCAGACUGGAGCACCGCUGCUGGAGCUGCUCCUGUGCGUCGAGCGUGGAAGCCAAGCACUCGUCCUCCGGAGCGACCUGGUUGGCGUACAAAGCCGAAGAGAUGAUGUCCAUCAUCACGUCGGUGCUGAGCCAGGCCUACGGCUCCCUGCACGACGUCCGCACCGCCAACCUGAUCCGCCGGGGCCUCGUCCUCUUCACGGUGGGGGUCUUCCUCGCCCUGGUGCUCAACUUGCUCCAGAUUCAGAGACACGUCACCCUGUUCCCCGAGGAGGUGAUGACCACCCUGUUCUCCUCCGCCUGGUGGAUCCCGCCGUGCUGUGGCACCGGGGCCGCCGUGGUCGGCCUCCUCUACCCCUGCCUCGACAGCCACCUGGGUGAGCCGCACAAGUUCAAGAGGGAGUGGGCCAGCGUCAUGAGGUGCAUCGCAGUGUUCGUCGGCAUCAACCACGCCAGCGUUAAACUGGACUUCGACAACAACGUGCAGCUCUCUCUGACACUCGCAGCCUUGUCCCUGGGCCUGUGGUGGACCUUUGACCGAUCCCGCAGCGGCUUCGGCCUGGGCAUCACCACUGCCUUCCUCGCCACUGCGUUCACGCAGCUGCUCGUCUACAAUGGCGUCUACCAGUACACAUCUCCAGACUUCUUGUACAUACGCUCCUGGCUCCCGUGUAUAUUCUUCUCAGGUGGGGUUACCGUGGGAAACAUAGGACGCCAACUCGCCAUGGUAAAGUUUGAAAUCAUUUCUAAAAUAUAA